UUGCAGUGAGUGUUCUGUGCACGCUCCGAGUAAGCAGCAACUACGAGGCUUAGUGAGGCAUCCCCUGCUGGUAGCGGGUUCAAGCUCUACUUUGGUGGAGAUGUCUCCAGCUUGUGGCACUUGGAUCCCUCAUAAAAUCCUCAAACGAGAUGACGGUGGUUGUGAGUCAGUGAGCUGCCGCCCAGUGAGAAUCUGAUGCCCUCUACCAACUGCAGUAGCGUAGUUGUGCAGCCCAGAGGGCGGGAGGACCAUCGACGAUUUCGAAAGCUCAGGAAGUCUGGAAUCAAAGUGGUGAUGCUGGGCGAGGAUAAUUGUUGAGAUUCUAAAGUAAAUGUUCACAGAUCAUGUCGAACAUCGGAGCUUGUAGUAUCUGAUGCUCGUCAUUAUGAAGAUAAAUUCUGCCAAUCUGACGGGGAUUCUUCGCGACAACCCCACGGCGCAAGCUGAUCAUUCCGCCCUGAUGCAAAAGUCAGUGACUUCGCGAGCGACAUGACUCGAGGCCAUCAACUUGAGGCACUGCGAAAUGUUCGAGUCCAUGUUUGCGGGCGCCCACGAAUUGCACAUGUUGCAGAGCGGUCAUAAUAGCUUCGAGACGGGGCAGCGUUCGUUCCUGUGCGCGCAUGUCUCGCAAAUAUAUCUCACUUUAGCCAAUUUUACAAAGCUUUGGAUGCCAUCGAAUGAGCAACUGGCAGCCUGCCUACUCACGACCUUUUCUUCGCUCUUUUGCUUUCGGUUAUCUUUGCCACCUUCACCUUUCGGGCCCAAUCUUUUGCAAAGAUUUGAAGUUCACAUCAGCACGAACCCUUGUACGCAUCGCGUCCAGAGAACAUUCUUUUGGAUUAGGGUUCAACCUUCGAUUUCAGCUUUGCUCGGACUCAUGAAGUUGUGAAUCCCAUUCUCAAGCGACUGACAUUAGAUUGUGCAUGGAAACAGAAACUCUUGAAUCAUCCUGCUCCUUCCUGUGUGGCUUGCAUAAUUGUCCCUGGUUCGUGCUUCAGCUCCCAGAACAAGCUCUCGUUCGCAUGCGGCCUCUUUCCAUCGAUCCAUGCGUCGGUGAGUUAAGAAAAGAUGUUUCGCACUACACUCAUUGCAUGACAAAAAAGCGAGUUCCCGUCGAGACUUUGGAGCGAAGAAACGUCGCGAUUUUUUAAGUAUUCUCAUGCAUGCAUAUAUUAACAUGAGGGAGAGAAUGUUGUAACAUGAAUAUAUAUAUAUAUAUAUAUAUAUAUAUAUAUAUUGUAAAUUAUCCACAUCUUUAUAAAAAUCAAAUUCUUCUUUUUAUCACAUGAUUGUC